AUGGAGAUUACUCAGGGAACAAAAACCUUUCCUGCAAAGCACCAAACUAAAUUCACCAUUAAAGCACAAUUUCAGCAAGCCAUAAGAGACCUUCGUGUUCCAAACUGCGAGAUUCAAAUACGCCCUAGAGACAAAGGUUACCUUCCAACUCCAAGAUAUAGUACAACUAGUAAAUUCUUUACCGUUAUCCUAGAAUUUGGGGUUACUUUUGAUAGAGGGACAAAACAUUCUGCAUAUCUAGGUGUAAGUAGAAUAUUGUUUGACUAUGUGGAUUAUCUAAUGGCCACACUUGCUCACUUUAAAUUUGUGGCAGAGUUUAAAGGGUGCAUAAAUUCGAUGAGACUGCACACUUAUGUUGAUGGUGAGAGUUUCAUUUUACUUUCAACAGAGAGUGAUCUUCAGAGUUUGUGGCAAAGAAAAAUCAACAGCAUUACGGAGAAUGAAGUUAAAAUAUUGAAAUCGUUAUUGCAAAUAAAGUUGAAAAGGAGGUUGAUGAAGAAGAUGGUGAUGAGACUUUUGAGUGAGAGUAUGAUAGUGAAGUUGUUCGAUGACAUCUUAUUUGAUGAAAAUGUGGAUUCUAAGGCUGAUUGUAAGGUUGGUAGUGAGGAUGAGGUUAAGGUUGAGGGUGAGGUUGAGGCUGAGGAGGGUGAGGUUGAGGUUGGGACUAAGUUUGAGGCUGAGGCUAAGGUUGGAUAUGAGGGUGAGGAAAGUGCUGAAGAUUUAUAUGAGAUGUGGAUGAGGUUGCUGAGUGUAUGGCUAAUAAGGGUGGGGUUGAGGCUGAUGGUGGGGUUGGUGGAGUAUGAUAUGGAAGCUGACAAGGUAGAUGACAAGAUGUUUGAUGAUAAUGUGGAUUUUGAUGUUCAGAGGUUGGGUGGUAAGGGUGAAAGUGUUAAGAAAUGUGUAAAAGAUGAUGGUAUAUCAGUUGAAAAUGAAAGUGAUGUGGCAUAUUGUGAUGAUUUGCAUAGUCAUGACAGUUCUGAAGGAAAGAAUGCAGGUUAUGAAUAUCAUAUUUUCAACAGUGCAGAGUUAUAUGAUCAUACUUUCAAG